ACACACAGACAGCCCAUUUUGCAGAGGUAAGGUACAGCGAAACAAAACUAACUGCAUAAUCUUUCUGGGCCUGAGGCAGGAAGUUUUAUAUUUAUGGUUACAUUAAUUCAAGCUUUGAAGACUGUAAAGUAUUUGGAAUGCAUAGAAAAGCUGACUGUUUCAAAGGUCAAAUUUCCUGACAUAAAGUUUGAAUUUUGAGUCGUUUUAUGCUGAAGUUUCUCACAUACUACCUGACGGAGGACAACAAUGACCGAGCACCUGAUGAAAAUACUGAUUGUUGGUGACGUCUGUGUCGGGAAGACUGCCUUUAUUCAUCGCUAUGUCAAGGGGCAGUUCAACAACAUGUACAAGAUGGCAGUGGGAGCGGAUUUUUCUAUAAAAGUGCUACACUGGUCGGACAAAGAAAUCGUCAGACUGCAACUGUGGGACAUCGCAGGCCAGGAGCGUGUCACAUCCAUGACCAGGCUAUAUUACAAAGGUGCACUGGGCUGUGUUGUGAUGUUUGAUGUCACCGAUUCAUCCAGCUUCCUCAGGUGUCUCCACUGGAAACGGGACCUGGAUGACAAGGCUAAGCUGCCCAAUGGAGGCCCUAUCCCCUGUAUCCUGCUGGCCAACAAGUGUGAUCUACCCCAGCGAGCUGUGUCAGCAGAAAGCAUCGACACAUUCAGUAAGGACAACGGCUUCAUAACUUGGAUGGAGACUUCAGUCAAAGAGAACAAGAAUGUUGGAGAAGCUAUGAGGAUGUUGGUGAAGGAGAUUCUGUCAGUUCAAUCCAGUCUGGACCAACUGGAGCCCAGAUCCAGUGACACUGUUCAUCCUCAACAGAACUCAAGUCUCAAAAAAGGAAAGAGAUGCUGCUGAAACUCUGCAUGUUCGACCACAGACUCAAGAAACUUGCUUUACAUAGCCAAGGUUGUUUUUUUUUUCAAGUGCAAUUUAGUUUUCAAUCUGUCUGUCCACUAGUGAAAGAGGACAGAAAAAUGACAGGAGGCUGUCAGUCUAGAUGCUGAUCAUUCCUCUGUCUGAUAUAUUAGUAGACUGCUAAUACGCCAAUAUGUAAGAAUCAUUGUAUUCCUAGUUUCUGUCAUUUAUACAGAUGGAAAAAAAACAUUUAAAUCUUUAGCUUUGGAAAUUUGCUCUGUUUUUUUUCUUUAGUGUGAAAUAUUGGAUAAUUUUUAUCUGUUUGGAUCUAAUAUAUAUAUAUAUAUAUAGCCAGGGAGUACCACAUUUCCUUUCUAAAUGUGCUUUAUGGGAAGGUGUUAUAUCAUGGUGAUUAAAUUUUGAGCCUCAUGACAAAGCUUUGUGGUUAGCAAUUUAGGUUUUAUGGAGAAAUCUCAUGAGAGGGCACCUAAGGACUUGAAGUUAAUAUUCCAUGCAGGUUUCUGACCAUCAUUGCUCCACACAACUCUGAACACUUCCAAGCUAUCUUCAGGCAUCAACAUCAUUUGCAGCACUCAUUGCUGCUUUGUGUUACAUUUCCUCCCUCCAGAUCCUGCCCUUGAAAAACAACUGAAGGCUAACAAUAUCGCUUUUGUUUUUUUUUAAUCAAGGGAGAUUUCUACCUUUCAAGUGAAGCCAGAAAAUGUGAGGCGUGUGGAAACUGUCAGUUACCAUAUGCAGAACUGAAUAGGCAGCUUGUCUUUUAUAUUUCGGUGGUCUAGUGUUGAAAGCCUACUCUCUGUGUUAUUCCCUUGCUUUGUUGGAUUGUGUCUUUUCCCCUGAGGGGUGGUUGGUGGGGGAGUCCAUGGGAGGCUGAGGCAUUCGGGAGGUAAGCAGGGCUCGGUGAGGACAACAGAAUCCAUGAGGGGAUCAGAGUCUAUGGUCCGGAGAGGAGUGAAUGAAAGCACAGAGCUUAAAUAGCUGGAGGUGAGGUAGAGAACAGGUGAAUGGAGUGAACUAAGUACUGCAGCUGAUGCACAUCACUGUAAUCAGCAAAGUGCAGGCAGGUGAGUGAGACAAGGGAGGCAGGCAGACAGAUGCAGAGACAAACAGAGGGAGCCAGAGGAACAAGACAAGGAGAGAGAGACAACAGGGAGAGAGGUAAGAGAAAUGCAAGAGAGACAGAUGACAACGAUUUUAUGUAAAAAAAAAAAAAAAAAAUAGAGAGAGAAGAAGGAAUAUGUUAAAGUCUAUUUAAAUGUUUCAGAAAAUUACAGAAGAAAAGACUAAUUAUUAUGUCGAAACUUUUACAAUUCUGUGAUUUUAAAUCGGUGUCCACUAGGGGGCAGGGGGAAUCUAAUAACAGUGGCACAGAGAAGCUCCUUGAUACAGGAGCUGUUAUCAAUCAAUAUACCGGCAACAAAAACCGAUAAACAACACAAGGUGUCUGUGAUUUGAAGAGCUGCCUUGGAGAUGACACGUCACUAAAUGUGCCAGAGGAAAAUAAAUACACAAGUGAAAAAGUUAAUGUGGAAGUGGUCUGGUCCCACACUCCACUGUGUAGCAAAAUAUACAACAAUCCAAAAGAUCUAUCAUCCAUUCCACUGCAUGAAGAGCCAAAUUAUCAGCCCUGUAAACUGCUAAAAACCUACCAAGUUCCCGGCAGUGAUCAGCAGUUCACAGGCUGUGAACUCCAAGUUUGCAGUUGCCGUAAAUUGCCGUAAACGGACCCUGGUUGUGGGGUAGGUCGAUGGGUGUGUGGGGCAAGGGGUGGAGUGAGACUUCACACCUAGUGCAUGGCAGAGGUGUGAAAAACUAAUUAGUGUAAGGUUAUUUUGUUUAUUUUUUAUUUUUUUAGUCUUAGAACAUUAUAAUUAGUUUGCAUUUUUGAAAAUUUUUCAUCAUCAUGUCAGAUGUUUCUCUUUUGAGUAUCAGUCUUUCAUUUUUACAGCAGAUGGUCUCAUACAGGGCCAUCAUGAGGUCUGGUUGUGUGAGACUACAGCCCCAAAUGCUUGAUGAAUAGUUCUGGGUGUCAGUUUGUUAAAAAUAAGAACAAUGUGAAAAUUGCGUUGGACAAUUAAAGGCCUCAAAAUUCAUAUAGUGUUUAUCAAAACUGCUAGAAAAUUAGAUUUAGUUUCUUCUGUGUAUUAAA